AUGGACGACCCGAUCGAAACUCAGUUCCUCGUCGUGGGAGCCGGCCCAGCCGGCAUCUCGCUCGCCUGCUUCUUGACCAUGUACGGUCUCAAGGGCCUCGUCAUAGCCUCCAGCCCCGGCACCUCCGACACUCCACGAGCACACAUAACUAACGCCGCCGCCAUCGAGUGCUUCCGUGACCUCGGGAUCGAAAAAGAGCUGGUCAAAGCUGCCAACGCCGGUUCUUCCAUCAUGCAUGUUCGCUGGUGCGCCAGCCUGGCCGGCGAGGAGUUUGGUCGCGUAUAUGCAUGGGGAAACGGGCCCGACAGAAAGGAAGACUUCGACAACGCGAGCCCCUGCAAACACUGCGACUUGCCUCAGGCGGUGCUGGAGCCUAUAUUGGUCCGGCACGCGGCGCACCACGGCUUCCCCACGCGGUUCAGCACUACGCUGCUGCACUUUCUCGAGGAGCAGGACACAGCCGGCGUCACCAAAAUCGUGGCCACGGUGCGCGACGAGCUCAGCAAGCACGAGUACCGCAUCCGGACCAAGUACCUCUUCGGGGCCGACGGCGGGCGCAGCGCCGUGGCCGCGCAGCUCGGGCUGCCCAUGGUGGUGAACCCCGGCGGCACCAUGAUGAUGAACAUCCUAGUCAAGGCGGACCUGUCGCACCUGAUGGAGUUCCGGCAGGGCAACAUGCACUGGAUCAUGCAGCCGGACCGCACGCAGGUCGACGACUUUGGCUCCGUCACCGUCGCCCGCAUGGUCAAGACGUGGGACGAGUGGGUCUUCUCGCUCGCGCACACCGCGCAGGACCCCAAGCUGACCCACCUCGACUGGGACGCCUACGUGCCGCGCAUCAAGGAGUCCAUCGGCGACGACACCCCCGUCGAGGUCCUGCACGUGUCCAAGUUCUACAUCAACGAGACAUACGCCGAGACCUACUCCAAGGGCAACGUUUUCUGCCUCGGCGACGCUGUGCACCGGCACCCGCCGUCGCGCGGCCUGGGAUCCAAUACGUGCAUCCAGGACGCAUACAACCUAGCCUGGAAGAUCGCCUACGUCGAGGCGGGCCAGGCAUCGCCGAAACUACUCGACACGUACUCGGUAGAGCGACAGCCAGUAGGCGCCGACGUCGUCCUGACAACCAACCAGACGCUGCGCAACAACUUCCCGCUCUGGGCCGACCUGGGCCUCGCGCCACCGGCGCCGCUCGGCGUGACCCCGCCGGCUCCCGCGCCACUCGCCGAGCUGGCCUCACGGUCCGACGCGGCCGGCGACGCGCGGCGCCAGGCGCUGCGCGACCACAUGGCCACCGUGGCAGGCGAGUUCAACGGGCUGGGCACGGAGAUGGGGCAGCUGUACGGGCGCGGCGGCGCCGUGUAUCUCGACGACGAGAACGCGGCGUUCCAGCCUGGCGAGGAAAGCGACCAGCACUACGCGGGCAGCACGUACCCGGGCCGGCGGCUGCCGCACGCGUGGCUCAACACGGCGGUGCCGCGGAGCGCCAUCUCGACCAUCGACCUAGCGGGCCACGGCGCGUUCGUGCUGCUGACGGGGCGGCACGGCGAGGUGUGGAAGGAUGCCGCGGCUGCGGUGGGCGCCGCGCUGAAAGUGCCCAUCAAUGCGUACUCGAUUGGCUACCGCCAGGACUGGGAGGAUGUGUAUUUCCGCUGGGAUAAGAUCCGCGAGGUCGACGAGUCAGGCGCUAUCCUCGUGCGCCCGGACCGGUUUGUGGCGUGGCGUGCUAAGCGCGUGCUCGACGGGGGGCUGUCGGCGUGCGAGGAGAAGCUGGCUACGGUCAUGAAGGCGGUCCUUGGGUCCAACUAG